AUGGGAAUUAAAUUUCUCGAAUUUGUGAAGCCGUUUUGCGGCUUCGUGCCCGAGGUAUCGAAGCCGGAACGGAAGAUUCAGUUCCGCGAGAAAAUGCUAUGGACAGCAAUCACUCUAUUUGUUUUCUUAGUCUGUUGUCAGAUCCCUCUUUUCGGUGAGUUUGGUUUUUCCAUAAGCAGAAGGUCGCGACAGGAUCGCUUUUGGGGGUGUUAUGAAUUACUUUUCCAAAUAGGGCGUUGCAGAAAAGUCGGAAGUAGAGCUUUUUGGAGAUCGCGAGAAUUGUUUUGCUUUGUUAGUUUUUCUUUGAAACUCAUGAGCAUAUGCUUCUCUUUUUUACCAUUAUAAUU